GGUGGUUGCACCAAGGCCCAAAUUCAUCGGAAAGAAGAUUGACCAUUUUGGUCCGAAGCCCGCGGGAUAUUACCUCUAAAUAACGGCCCGAUGCCUAUUUUCCUAUUUCCCCCCCUCCCCUGUUGCUAGUUGCUACUGAUUUUUUUGUGAAGGCUGGUUGAGGCUGUUUAGGAGCUGAAGAAAACACUCCGUCCGGGAAGCUCGGAGUCGGAGCCUGUUUACAGAGAGAGCAACAAGAAAAUCCCAUCCUCAUUGGUUACUCAAUCAAUGCUGCGAGGAGAGAACGAUGAAGAAGACAGUGCCGCAGUUCCUCUGGAAUUCUUAUGAAGCGACGGACCGUGAGAUCAGGCAAGAAGGCGAAGGAAUGUCAAGGGAGGAAGGCUCUAAAGGAGACGACGUUGAUGAAAGCGAUGGAACCCAAGUUAUCCAAUGCAUGAUAACAUUUCGCAAGCAGGAUAUCACCCAUCAGAAAGAAGGGUAUUGGGGAAAGUACGGUCUAUGGAGGCAAGAGCAGAAAACUAGAGCAGCAAGGCUACAGAAACAACUCAAGGCAAGAUGGGAAUCCGAGGAAUCAAUUCAUGACCAGUUGAAUAGAUUCCAUGCUCACUAUCAUCGUUUCAUCAUCCCUACCAAGCUCAACGACGUCUCUCAGCUUCUCAUGCCUAGCUCUGCACCCCCACACGAGCUAGCCACUCUGGCAUGGCUAGGAGACUGGCGCCCCUCAUCAAUUCUGGAGCUCCUAUGCGGACUAGCUCACUGCUCUUCUUCCAGCUCAUCAGAUGAAAGUAACAUGUCGCAGCUGAUGCACGAGAUAAGGAUCGAGGAGGCGGUGAUUGAUGAGGAAAUGGCCGAGAUUCAGGCCACGUGUGUCCUCCAUCUGCCCUUUGUGAAUAGCCCGCAGCAAUCAGGGUAUGGUGAUGAGAUGGGCUGCAUUGAAACUGAGUUCAGGAAGAUUCAGAGCGCCAUAGCUAAGGCUCAGCAGCUCAGGUUUAAGACGUUGGAACUGCUUGUGAAGAAGGUACUUGGGCAGACCAAGGCUGCAGAGUUCUUUGUGGCGUUUGUGAAAGUGCAGGAAGUGAUCCACAACCAUGCAGCAAAACUCAAGUUGCCAAAGGGUCCUUUAACAAUUCCUGUGAAGCACCUGGUGAUUAAGGGUUCAUUCUGAUGAAGGCCCUUUAAUGUUGUGAAGAAUGAGAGGAUGUAUAUGCUCAGCAUCCACCAUGAUAGAGUUUACAGAAACGUGUACAGAUUCACUGCUCUGCUUGAUGAUUUCAGUGUGCAGGACUAACUAACAAAAAGGUCACACUCUUUCCUCCUACAAUGCAGUAAACCCUGUUUCUUUAUGUUAGGAAGUUUUGGACUGGGUUUGGCAGAAUGAAUUGUAAGUAGAUAGAGGGUAUGUUGUUAAUGGAGUACAUAGCUAGUGCGUGGUUUGCUUUCCCGAAUGCAGUAUAUUGAUAUACUACAGAAUACAGAUACAUUGCAUAUAACAUUUGUCAGUUCAACGUUUGAUGUUUGGAACUCGAGAACAAAGUUGAAGCAACA